AUGGCAUCUUUCAACCAACAUUCUCAGCAAAGUUUCAUUUCCAACCCCAUCAACAAGAAGGAUGAAGAAAAAACUGAUGAUUACAACAAAACAUUGGAGAAACAUAGAGAAAUAGUCGAGAGUACUCCUCCCAAAGAGGGAGAUUGGUUCACAAAGCAGCUUGUCAAGUACCAAGGUGUUUGGCUAAAUUCAACGGCUACCCUAAAAGGAGUCAUGGCGGUCCAACAACACUUCAAGGCUCAACCCACUGACACCCUUUUAGCCACCUUCCCCAAAUCAGGCACAACGUGGUUCAAGGCUGCAAGAUCAUUUACAUUUUUCCGGAACCCGAAAGAUGUUUUUGUCUCAAACUGGUUCUUUUUGAAAAAAUUGAGACCUGAGUUGCCAAGUUUAUCAAUUCAAGAAGCAUUCAAGUUGUUCCGUCAAGGGGUGACACAGUUUGGACCAUUUUGGGAUCAUGUGUUGGGAAAUUGGAAUGCAAGCAGGGUCUCACCAGAGAAAGUGCUUUUCCUAACAUAUGAGGACAUGAAGAUUGAACCUUUUGUUCAUGUCAAGAGAUUGGCUGAGUUCUUAGGACACCCUUUUUUCCUUGGAAGAAGAGAGGGGAGGGGUUGUGGAGGAAAUUAUAAAGCUAUGCAGUUUCGAGAAUUUGAGCAAUUUGGAGAUGAAUAA